GGGGGGCCCGCGGGGGAGUCGCCACGGUCCUGGCACCGCUCGGGCCGCGUCUCGAUUACAAGUCUGAUGACAUUAUCAACUGUAUAAAAAGAGAAUCCUCCAUGAAAAUGGUCCUUUCUCUAGAGAGAAGAGAAAGAAGCUCUGAGCCCUGGAAUGUGAUGAAAGCAUUGUCAGAAUUAGUGAACUUGAAAGAUAUAGUCAUAGACUUCACCCAGGAAGAGUGGGCCCUGUUGGACAUGUCCCAGAGAAAACUGUUCAGAGAUGUGAUGCUGGAGAAUGUCAGUCAUCUGAUCUCCGUGGGAAAUCAUAUCUGCAUAUCAAAUGUACAUUUCCAGCUGGAGCAAGGAGAGGAAUUGUGGAGAGAUGGAACUCGAUUUUUCCAAAACCAGAAUUCAGGGAGGGAAAUUGGUCUUAAAAAACAAGAAAUGCUAUCCAUGCAACAUAUCUGCAGGAAAGACACAUCUACCAUCAUGUCAUUGGUAAGCCUCAUGGAUGUGAACCCUGGUCUUCCAAAUAGAUUCCUGGAGUGGAAUAAAUUAGGAACUCAGCACAAUCACUUAACUAAACUGAAAUCUCAUACUCAAAAGAAUGGCAUUCCAUGUAGUGAGUUGCCAGAAGAUUUUACUCAUAGAUCCAGAGUGACUCAACAUGUGUUAACCUACAAGAGAAAGAAACCCUGCUUCAGCAAUCUAUUUGGAAAAGUCCUCAGUGACCAGUCAUCUUUUAAUCAGCAAACACAAAUUCAUAAUAGAAGUAAAUCAUAUGAAUGUCAUUUAAUUGGUAAAUCAUUUAUUCAAAGUUUUGGGCUUGCACAUUACAAUGGAACUCACAUCUUAGAGAAACCUUAUGAAUGUCAUCUAUGUGGGAAAGCGUUCACCCGUUAUUCUAGCCUUAGAGGACAUGAGAGAACUCACACUGGAGAGAAACCUUAUGAAUGUCAUCUAUGUGGGAAAGCCUUCACUAAUUGUUCUGCCUUGAGACAACAUGAGAGAACUCACACUGGAGAGAAACCUUAUGAAUGUCAUCUAUGUGGCAAAGUCUUCAGACAUCUUUCUAGCCUUAGAGGACAUGAGAGAAAUCACACUGGUGAAAAACCCUACAAAUGUCAUCAAUGUGGGAAAGCCUUCCCUCGUUAUACUGCCCUGAGACAACAUGAGAGAACUCACACUGGAGAGAAACCUUACGAAUGUCAUGUAUGUGGGAAAGCCUUUGCCCUUAAUUCUAGCCUUAGACGACAUCAUAGGACUCACACUGGAGAGAAGCCCUAUGAAUGUCAUCUUUGUGGGAAAGCCUUUGCCCUUAAUUCUAGCCUUAGACGACAUCAUAGGACUCACACUGGAGAGAAACCCUAUGAAUGUCACCUAUGUGGGAAAGCUUUCCCUCGUUGUAAUGCCCUGAGACAACAUGAGAGGACUCAUACUGGAGAGAAACCCUAUGAAUGUCAUCUUUGUGGGAAAGCCUUCACUCAGUGUUUUAACCUGAGAAAACAUGAGAGAACACACACUGGGGAGAAACCCUAUAAAUGUCACCUAUGUGGGAAAGCUUUCCCUCGUUGUAAUGCCCUGAGACAACAUGAGGGGACUCAUACUGGAGAGAAACCCUAUGAAUGUCAUCUGUGUGGUAAAACCUUCACUCAGUGUUUUACCCUGAGACAACAUGAGAUAACUCACACUGAGGAGAUACCAUAAAAAUAUUGUUUAUGUGGGGAAACCAAACUGGAGAGAAACACUAUGGAUACCAUGUAUAUGAAAAGCAUUGGCCAAUAUUCUGGCCUUAGAUUACAUAAUAGAACUUAUACUAUCAAUGUCUUGAAUAUGGAAAUGUCUUGAAUAUGGAAAUGAUUUCAGUCCUUAUGUCAACCUUUAAACAUCCUAUAGAACUCACACAUUAAAGGAACAUGGUUGUCAUCAGCCUGGUAGAGCUUUUAGUCAUUCUGACUACUUCAUCAAUUUAAGCCUGUUCAUAAAGGGGAGAACCAAUAGAAAUGUCACCUAUGUAGCAAACCCUUAGUAUAUAUGAUAUACAUAAGAGAACUCAUAAAUAUAAUGAAAGUGGAAGUGUCUUCAUCCUCUGCUUCAACUGACAGACCAAGAAGACUUUACCA